UGGCCAGUUCUGCUCUGUUGAUGUUUGGACGUGACUUCGGGAACAUGGUCUAGCAAAAGAGAGAGCUUGUGGCACGCGCGGCCAAAGUGUGGAUUCUAGAAGCAGAGGGCAGAAAUAAAGAUCAUGGUUUCAAAGCUGACCCAUCUUCAGGUGGAGCUGCUGGGAGCGCUGCUGGGAUCUGGGCUGAGCAAGGAGACCCUCAUCAAAGCCCUGACGGAGACGGACCCCUACGCCCACCGCAGCGAAGGCCUGCAGCCCGUCGGCACGGCCCCAGCCGAGAAGAGAGACCCCUGUGCUGACCUCCCGGCUCUUGCCAACGGGCUGGUGGAGUCAAGGAUGUCCGAGGAGGAAACGUCUGAUGAUGGAGAAGACUUCACUCCUCCCAUCAUGAAGGAGCUGGAGAACCUGAGCCCAGAGGAGGCUGCUCACCAGAAGGCUGUGGUGGACAGACUUUUACAGGCGGAGUGCAUCCAGCGCGGCGUCUCCCCCUCGCAGGCGCAGGGCCUGGGCUCGAACCUGGUCACCGAGGUGCGCGUGUACAACUGGUUCGCCAACCGGCGCAAGGAGGAGGCCUUCCGGCACAAGCUGGCCAUGGACAGCUACGGCGGGCCGCCGGCGGGUGCCGCCCCCGCCCUGGCGCCCCACGCCUCGUCCUCGCUGCAGGCAGCGGCGCCGCUCUCGCCCGGCAAGGCGCACGAGCAGCCGGGCCUGCAGCAGCAGCAGCAGCAGAGCCUACCCUUUCCUGAUUCCGGCUUGAGGUACAGCCAGCAGCCCGUCAGUGAGGCGGACUCCUCGAACGGCAGCCAGCACGGGGGAGGCAAUUCCACGGCGACCACACAGACCAUCCUGCACCAGGUCUCUUCCCCUGGGCUGUGCUCAGCCAGCGCCGGUGCUGCCCCAGAAGCAAAACUGAUCUCCUUUCCAGGGGGCUCCCUGCCCCCGGUGAGCACCCUGACCGCCCUGCAGGGCCUGGAGCAAAGCCCGCACGCGCUGAGCCAACAGACACAGAACCUCAUCAUGGCGUCCCUGCCUGGCGUCAUGGCGAUCGGCGCGGGGGACUCGUCUGCGCUGACGCCGGCGUUCACCAACACGGGGGCCUCCACCCUGGUCAUUGGCCUCGCGUCCACACAAGCGCAGAGCGUCCCCGUCAUCAACAGCAUGGGGAACAGCCUCGCCACACUGCAGCCGGUCCAGUUCUCUCAACAGCUGCACCCGCCGUAUCAGCAGCCUCUCAUGCAGCAGGUCCCGAGCCACCUCGGCCAGAGCUCUUUCAUGGCCACCAUGGCCCAGAUCCAGGCUCCCCACGCUCUCUACAGCCACAAGCCAGAGGCGGCUCAGUACGCCCACGCCAGCCUUCUGCCGCAGACCAUGGUGAUAGCAGACACAUCAAACCUGGGCACUUUGGCCAGCUUGACCCCGACCAAGCAGGUCUUCACGUCAGACUCAGAGACCCACACGGAGCCAGGGAUGGACACGCCACCUACGCCAGCAUCCACCAUACACUUGCAGAACCAGGACGCCGCCCUGCAGCACCUCCAGCCCAGCCAUCGCCUCACCUCGAGCCCUGCAGCCGCCUCCGGCAGCCUGGUGCUUUACCCGAGCGACGACUCCUCCGGCGGCCACGUGCUGUCGCCCACGCAGGGCGUUAUAGAGACCUUCAUUUCCACACAGAUGGCAUCCUCCACGCAGUAGCCGCAGCACCAUGGACAACUGCUGGCUGCUGACCGAAGGGCAAGUGGCCGCCUUCCUCACCCCACCGCCUGCGCCGCCCCGGACGGGAAGGCCACCCAGGCGCCCCUUGUCGCCGCCUCCCCGCUGCGUGCCAUUCCUGGCUCCGUGCCCCCAUUGCGAGCUCUGGGUGGGGCUGCA